CUGCUGCUUUAAUAUUGCAUUGAUCGUAUUCUAAGGGUGUGUUAGGAAAAUAUUCAAUUUUUCCAUGUUCGAUUAAUAUUUUUUUUAAAAAAAAAACAUAUUCCUUCUACAUGAGAAAAACUAUUUACUUAGUUAUAUCAAAAACCUUUUUUUUUUCUUCCAAAAACAAUAGCUUGAACGAAAAUUUAUUCUGGAACAAAUUCAAUUUCCUGUCUUACCAGAACUCCGAUUACUAAGAAAUUAAAGAAGCUGAAAAAGCUCAUCUCAUUAACUAAUCAAAAGACUUUUUCUUGUUUUGGAGUUAAAUAUCCAAAUAAUUAUCUAAUAAACAAAACAACUAGCAAUAACUAAACCCUACUUAAUUUUUUUACUACUGUAAACAAAUCUCAAUAUAGAAACUUUUGCUACCCAAAACUUCCCAACAAAGGGGAAGAAAAAAAAAAGUACAUAGCAUCAUUAGGGAAAAACAUGCACCAUUUUUCAGUUCAUAGUUCUUGCUCAAACACAUUAUUUUAUCCAAUUAUCUUCUUUAUUCUCUUCAAUGCUGCAUCUACCACAAAUCAAAUAUCUAAUUAUAUUGACCGUAUUGAAAUAAGUAGCAGUAGAAAGUUGUUGUCCUACAAUGGUGAUGUUCUUGCCAUCAAUCCAUCAUUUUCUAUUGAGAAUUUUAGGUUAAAGAAUGCUUACAUCGCGUUACAAGCUUGGAAAGAAGUAAUUCUCUCUGAUCCUCAUAAUAUAACACAGAAUUGGGUAGGAUCUAAUGUGUGUAAUUAUACUGGAGUUUUUUGUUCACCUUCACUUGAUCAGCCCUCUGAACUAACAGUUUCUGGUAUCGAUAUCAAUCAUGGCGAUAUAGCUGGUAAACUUCCACAUGAAUUAGGUUUACUAUAUGACAUUGGAUUGAUUCAUAUUAACUCUAAUAGGUUUUGUGGUACAAUACCUGAGAGUUUCUUGAAUUUGAAGCUUCUUUUUGAGUUAGAUAUAAGUAAUAAUCGAUUCGUUGGGAAGUUUCCUGAUGUGGUUGUUCAAAUGCCUAACUUGAAGUUUCUUGAUUUGAGGUUCAAUGAAUUUGAAGGUGCAUUGCCAAAGCAACUUUUUGAAAGGGAUUUAGAUGCUCUGUUUAUUAAUAACAACAGAUUCUCUUUUGAGUUGCCUGAUAACUUUGGGAAUUCGCCGGUUUCUGUUAUGGUUUUGGCUAACAACAACUUUUUUGGAUGUGUACCUGUUAGUAUAGGCAAAAUGGUUAGAUUGAACGAGUUGCUUCUCUUAAAUAACAAUUUUCAUUCAUGUUUGCCAAAUGAGAUUGGAAUGCUGAAGAAUGUGACUGUGUUUGAUAUAAGUUAUAAUGAAAUGAUGGGCAGUUUACCUGAUAGUAUUGGAGAGAUGGUGAGCUUGGAGCAGUUGAAUUUGGGUCAUAAUAUGCUUUCUGGAAUGGUUUCUAGCAACAUAUGUACACUUCCGAAUCUGGAAAAUUUUGUCUAUGAGCACAACUACUUUUCGGAAGAGAGUCCAGCUUGUUUAAACUUGAAUGCAUUUGCUGAUCAACAGAAUUGUCUUAGAGAUAGGCCAAUGCAGAGACCUGCAUUAGAUUGCCAAAGAUUUUUGUCAAAUGAAGUUGAUUGUACCACUUUCAAAUGUGCUUUACCUCCAUCGUCUCCACCACCUACCACCCCUCCAGAAAACAACUGUUGUAUUUGUUUGCCUCCACCAUCGCCAUCUCCAUUGCCAUCUAUCGAGCCACCAUCAUCCCCACUACCACUACCUGCACCAUCAGGAUCACCUUCUCCACCAAGCAUAUCACCAUCACCAUCGCCUUCUUCACCUCAGCCACCAGACUUGCCAUCACCGUCACCAUCACCUUCAUUUGUAGAGCCUCAACUACCUUCUCCUCUACCGUGUGAAAAUCAGAGAACACCAUCAAGUCAAGAUAUGUCAUCUCCUUCACCUUGAAAGUCGUUAUGUAAGGUUACUCUUCUUGGGAUCAUCUUUCUCACUCAAUGGCACUUUAAAUCAUUCCUGGGAAUACAGGACAUCCGCAGAAGGAGCUGUGAAUUGAGAUGCAAGAUGAAGGUUCUAAGGUGACAAUUUCGUUGCUCGAACAUCUCUACAGAUUUAUUGUUAGUACUUAAUAAAAUGUAGAACAUGUUGCAUGAAUUGUCAGUAUAAACUAGAUAGUUGAUCAUGAAAAAAGGAGUUUCCUUUGUUCAAAACAGAGAAAUCAAGGUCUCUGAGGUUACACAGUU